UAAAGAUUUUAACCUAAAAAAUUUGGAUAUGUUUCGCCAAAGAUUAAUAUAUAAGACAGUUAUAAACAAGUGUAAUUGCAAAUUCUUAUGCUCGCCUGUAAAAUCCCCAAGUCCUUUAGCGGGGAAACCUUCUAAAAAACGUUUUCUUCCACUGAAACCAGUUCAAUCUAAAAUUGAUGUGAACAAGUUACCCCCACAUACCAAAAUAGAUGCGAAUACAAUUGCGCAUUUAGAAAGGCUGUCCUUAGUAGACUGUGCGAAUAAGGAAGGUAUAAAGUCUUUGGAAGACGCUAUCGCAUUUGCCGAUCAAAUACUGCAAGUGGACACGACCGGCGUACAACCCCUAGUAACCGUACUCGAGGAUAGACCUCUGGAAGUAAGAGAAGACGUCGUGACCGACGGCGGUUGCUUGAACGAGGUGCUCGUAAAUGCCUCCCUAACCGAAGACGAUUAUUUUGUAGCGCCGCCGGGUAACAUUCCUUUAGAGCCACGGGCAAAUUUGUUACACGAAGACGAUGCUUAAAAAAGUUUUAGAACUAUGCGAA